AAAGAAAAAGCUCUGAUGUUUUUGUUUGUGACAUUUGCCAGAUACGAAUGAGAAAAAUUGAAUUCAGAAGUCUAAAAAAAACUAUUUUCUGACCGCUUUUUUCAUUACUUUAUCAUCACCAAUUAGCAGCUCAAAGUUCAUUAUCAUAAACCAUCGCCAUUUGUCAACUAGAAACCCAAAUCGAUCCGAAGUCAUAAACACUUAGAACUUAUCUCACAUUUACCUGUGUUCGCUCAUCAGCGACUGGCACCACUUUUCUGUUCUGUUGAACUAAAAUUUGAUUCCACUAAUUGUGAGAAGGAAACGAGCGCUUAGAUGGAGAGAUUUCGAAGAUGGAGACAACGUUCAUCGGUUUACAAACUUCUUCUCAUCUCAGUCCUGGGAGCAUUGCUUGUUUUCAGUCCGAAAACUCACAAACUUUUUAUGAAUUUGAAAGACAGUUUGUUGCUGCGAGCGCCGUUGAAUAUCGUAGAUUUAAGUUCAGAAGGAUCCAAUGUGAAAGCAAAACACAGGAGUGCAAUCAUCAGAAUUUUUGGAAACAGUCUCUAUCCAUUACAACAAAGAGAUCAAGGAUCCAAAAACUUGCAGUUUAUUUUGGAACAUGAAACUAUGCGAAGCUCCAGUGAAUACUUAUGGGUCAUUAAUAGAAUUGUGAAUCGAACUGAAUCAAGAGUGAUUUCUAAUCUUCUUCGAGAUCGGAAUAGGCUUCAUAUUGAGUUCAAUCUGCAAACACUCAAGGUGCUAAUAGAAAACGACCCGAAACUUGCGGUAAAAUAUGCAACAGACAUAAACAAUGCCAGAAACGAAGCCCUAAGACAUGCUGCGCACAAUCUGGACGUUGACUGGCUUGUUUUAUUGGAUGGAAAUGCUUUUCUUACAAAUGAGGCUUACGACUUGCUGCAUGAGUGUCUAGAAAACGCUGAAUUGAACCAACAGUACCUUUAUUUCAUACCGAUGUACAGACUGUCAUCUAAUCAAGAUUGGCUGACUCCUUUCACAGAAGUUGAUGACAUAACAAGUAGACUUUCUGGUCUGCAGGAGCCGUAUCUCGCCAUUCAUAGAUUGGCUCUUAACAAGUUCCAGGACCAGGGAGUUCAGAUCUUCAGUAGUGAGGUUGAGUACGGGAAAAGAAGCAAAAUAGCGUCUUUGGAAGUAUUCAACAAGUUUUACUAUAAUUAUGUGGGCUGCUUGGAUGCUUACCAUGAAAGUAGUGUCCGGAAAAUUACUAGCCCAGGAGAAGGGUUAUUUUUAGCCAAUAGAUGCUCUUACGCAAUCCGACUUUUGUACUGGCCCAGCGGGUUCAGCGAUUCGGCACGCUCUGAUUACAGUUUCCUCACCAAUUUGUUGGCUUACAAAGGCUAUAUCUUUGAUGGAAAUUCGGUUCCCGAAGAGAAUAACCUUGUUAGAACAUACCUUAGACACGACUCGAUAAGAGAGCUUGAACGAAAUAUAGCAGAAUUAGUUAAAACUAUACGCAAUUAAAACAUUAUGAUUUCUAAUAUCCUUGACAAGCUCCAUUCGUGAGCAGAUAUAAUAUGAUUUCUAAUAUCCUGACAAGCUCCAUUCGUGAGCAGAUAUAACUUUGCAGAUUUAAUUUGCUGUUUUACUGAAACGUUUUAAAAUAGUCAGACGUAAUGAAAAUAACAUGCAGGAAAAUUGAAAAUAAGCACUUUUGAUUUUUG